AUGAACGGCUUUUUAUUGUUUAUCAUUUCCGUCGUUACGGCUGCUAGUAGUGACACCAUUUCCAUCUCAUAUGAUACCAGUCAAGUAUUAACAUCAGUGCUGGGAAGCACCGUGCAAGCUAGUGAAUCGCCAAUUGGACCGAAAGGCUCGUCAGCAAUUGAUGCCAUUCUUAGAUCGUUAUCAGCCCUUUCAGAAACAGGAGACUCUUCUGAUGUCGUUUCCGAAACUGCAGAUGCAUCGGAAGGAAGUUCAAAUGAAACUGCUGCAAGUGAAACAGACACCUCCGAGGAGGAAAGUUCCUCCAGCUCUAGCUCAGCUGAAUCAUCCGAGAAAAGUGAAUCCAGUCAAGCUGCCGCCACCACAACUGAGUCAAAAACAAACUCCUCUACAUCUGCCUCCAAUAUCGGUGCAACUUUGGGCUGUGGAUCGGCAAUUUCUCUCUUAGUAUUAGCAUUAUUAUAA